AUGGAAGCAACAAUAAUGAGUUUUGGUCUUGCUAACGUUCACAGCGUCCCUCUCUGUCUCACGACCAACCUCUCUCUCUUUCCUCAGCGUUGGCUUCACGAGCCCACUCUUUCCCUGAAACCGGCAAAAAAAAACCACUUGGUCUGUGUAAGAUCUACUAAGACUAGUGAUGAUCUCGAGUGUAGUCGUCCUUCCACGCAUUUUUCUCCCUCUUUUUGGGGAGAUCACUUUCUCUCUGUUUCCCACGACCGCACUGAAUUUGAUGAACUAGAAAGAGAGAUUGAAACUAUGAAGCCGCUGGUGAGGGACAUGCUCGUGUCUUCUCAAAGCAGCGACAAGGAGAAGAUUCGUCUCAUCCAUUUGCUCGUCAGCCUCGGGAUCUCUUAUCAUUUUGAUAUGGAUAUUCAAGAGAUCCUUAAACAGAGUUUCAAAAAGUUGGAUGACAUAAUGGUUGGGGAAGAUGAUUUGGAAACAAUCUCCAUUAUGUUUGAGGUCUUUAGACUGUACGGUCACAAGAUGUCUUGCGAUGCCUUUGAUAAAUUCAGAGGUGAAGAUGGGAAGUUCAAGGAGAGUCUAGCCAGAGAUGUUAGAGGACUGCUACAGUUUUUCGAAGUAGCGCAUCUGGGAACACCCACUGAAGAUAUAAUGGAUGAAGCAUUAAGUUUUACGAGGAAUCACUUGGAGUCAUGGGCAGGUGGUAACGUAUCCGGUGCAACUCCCCACCUCUUCAAGCAUAUAAAAAACUCACUAAACAUAUCUCGAUACUGUAACAUAGAAGUACUAGUGGCAAGAGAAUAUAUAUCUUACUACGAACAAGAAGAAGGUCACGACGAGAUCCUGCUCAAGUUUGCAAAGCUUAGCUUCAACUUUUGCCAGUUUCAUUACAUCCAAGAGCUCAAAACUCUCACCAAAUGGUGGAAGGACUUAGAUCUUGUAUCUAAGCUACCUUACAUCAGGGAUAGACUUGUAGAGUGCCAUCUCGGGUGUCUGGGACCGUACUUCGAGCCACAAUAUUCUCUUGGGAGGAUCAUAGUGGCUAAAACCAUCAUGAUCUUGAAUGUUGUGGAUGAUACAUAUGAUGCAUAUGCAACUUUUGCAGAAGUUAGGGUUCUUAAUGAAUAUAUGCAGAGGUUGAAUAUUGGUGCCGAUGAUAAACUACCGGACUAUUUGCGGAUCGUCCUCGAAAAUUUGUUUGAAGUUAUGAAAGAGAUUGAACAAGAAAUGAGACCGAAAGGACGAUCAUACGGCGUGAAACAAGUGUUGGAAAAGUACAAGAUUGUUGCGAACGCCAAUAAACAGAUAUCAAAGUGGGCACGAACAGGCCAUGUACCAACCUUUGAUGAGUACAUGAAGGUUGGGUUGUUGACAGCUGGGAUGAGUGAUUAUGCAGCGUAUUGCUUUAUAGGAAUGGAAGAUAUCAAUGAGAAGGAAGCUUUUGAGUGGCUCGAUUCCAGACCCCUAAUCAUCGAAGCUCUGAAUGUAAUGUUCCGUAUAGCAAAUGACAUAGGAAGCUACGAGACCGAGAUGAACAGAGGAGAGGUGGCUAAUGGGCUCAACUGUUACAUGAAACAAUAUGGAGUCACCAAGGACGAAGCAUCCCAGGAGUUGCGUAAAAUGUACAUCGACCACAGAAAAGUGGUUAUGGAGGAGUUCAUGAACACACAUGACCAUGUGCCGCGCCAGGUUCUACUGCGAUGCCUCAACUUUGCACGCCUCUUCGAUGUUUUCUACAAAGAGGGUGAUGGAUACAGUGAACCCAAAGGCAAAAUCGAACACUUUUUGACCUCUUUGUACGUCCACCCAAUACCCCUUUCAUAAUGACUCCAAAACUCACAUUGCUCUAACUACAAAUCAUGAAGUAAUAAAAGAGAUUGUACCUUGAGUUUCUCUAUCUGUAAUUUCAAGGCACCUCCAAAACACUCUUGCUAUAUAGAGAAAGGAAAGAGAUCUCUUUAGAUUCA